AUGAAGAACUGGGCAGGAGAUGAUACAGUUUAUUUCGCGUACCAUGAUUCGAACGUGACACGCCACGACAUGAGUACGUUAGCAGAUGAGCAUGGAUGGCUGGAAGACAACGUAAUCAACUUCUGGAUACAGUAUAUUGAGAAUGAAGAAAUGCACAACUUCCCAAAAGCCAGAAUCGAGCUCUUCGCCCCGAGCAUGAGCACCUUUAUGAAGCUUGAGCAGGAUCCGUCCGUGGCCAAAUCAGUACUCGCCCAGAUGCCGGAUUUGGCCGCAAAUAAGACAACGCACAUUUUCAUCCCUGUAAACGGCGACAGAAGAUCUGACCAUGACACCGACGCUGUGAAGUUCGGCGAUGGUCAGGAAACAGCGGGGAUACACUGGUCUUUACUAGUCAUAUCGCUGAUCGAUAAUGUCGCUUUCCAUUAUGACAGCAUGAACGGUCUCAACUCGCCUGAUGCCAGGGACCUACUAAAAGGAUUCGAGGCAGCUCUGCCUGUUUCAAGAUCCCUACGAUUCGUGGAUAUGGUAGACUCACCACAACAAACGGAUGGUUGGAAUUGCGGCAUUUUCGCAUUGGUCAUUAUGAAGCAUCUGCUGCUCAAGCGGCUGCUCAGAGCGGACGCGAAUCAGAAGAUUACUAUGAGCAUGAAGGACCAGGACAUUGACUACGAAGGCGCUCGCAAGACGAUCCGCACCUUGAUUGAGGAGCGCAGGGAGGAAGCUAUACGGAAGCAGAGCUUCAACUCGGAUGGUGUGCCAUCUAUACCAUUCCAGACCGCAGACACCACGACAACCAAGAGGUCAUCCUCUUGA